AUGGUAUCCUACUAUGCUGCUCCACGCGACCGAGUUUCUCCGGACAAUGUUCAGCAAAACGGAGGCGAAGCAGGGGCUCUUCUAGAGCCUGUGUCGUACUACGAACGGGAGAACCGACGGCGAAAUCGAUUGCUGCGGGAUCAACUUCGUGGCCAGGCAGACCCCAACGGAAUCCUGGAGCUUGCCUCCGAGCGUGGUGCAUCCUGGGAUAGCAUUGGGCUAUCCACGGCUUUGCAUGCUCUUGCCGGGAAGGUGAAGAAGGGCGCUCCGAAGCCCAAUGUGAGUGACAGUCGAUGGCAGCAUCUGCAAGUCCUUGCAUACGACCAACUAGCUGAGGGGGAAGCUCGCAACCUGGCGAACAUGGCCUGGUCGAUGGCGAACAUCUCAUCAACGAGUCUUCCUUUCAUGACGAAGAUUGCCGAGCUUGCACAGGGUCGCGCUGACGAGUUCAAACCCCAGGAGCUGUCGAACCUUUUAUGGUCUUUUGCUACUAUGAGGUACAAAGAUCCUCUCCUCUGCAGCUUGUCGACGACGGUGGAGCGCUUUUCGUCUGGAGCCGAGGCUCAGGCAUUGUCGUGUCAGGAUGCAGCCAAUAUGAUGUGGGCCUUUGCUUCACUGAGUUUUGGGUUCACGGAAGCCACGCAUCUGGUCACGUACGUUUACGCCGGAAGCUUCGUCGUUGACUUCAAACCUCAAGAGUGUGCUAACACGCUCUGGGCCAUGGCCAUUCUUGAUAUUCAUCACCAUGACUUGGUCGAGAGCAUUGCUUCUCGUGCCUUGGAGAUACUUGUUGAGUUCAGGUCUCAGAACAUUUCAAACCUCCUCUGGGCCUAUGCGAAGAUCGGGCACAGAAAUAGCAGUGCAACUGAAGCGGUGCUGGAGUUCUCCAUGGACAAGUUACAUGCUUUCUCUGCACAGGACCUUACAACCAUGGUUUGGGCCUGUGCGACUAUGGACUACUGCUGCCAGACAUUCUGGGAGCUUUGCCGGCCGCGGUUGGAGGCAAUUGCACAGCUGUCACCGCUGCGGCCGCAACACCUCUCCAACACUGUUUGGUCCUUGGCGACCCUUCAGCUCCAGGACAAGCCUUGGUUUGACUUCUCCAGCUUGUCGCUUCCAGCCCGUAUUCAGGAGUUUAAACCGCAGGAGCUGGCGAACUUCAUCUGGUCUCAAGCUGUGAUUCUGUGUGACAGUCCUGCAGUGGCUUGCAUUGCCUUGCGAGCCUCGCAGAUACACAGUGAGUUCAGCUGCCAAAGCAUGGCUAACUUUACUUGGGCAUAUGCUAAACUUGGCUAUCAGAGUGAGAGUAUGAUUGCAAUACUUCAGGAGGCUGCUGCAACCAAGAUUGACAGAAUGUCUGAGCAGGAUCUGUCAACAACAUUCUGGGCCUUCAGCACUAUGCUACACCGAGAUGACCUUUUCGUGGAGUCGUUUAAGUCUGCGCUGAUGUUGAAGCUGCACGAUCGCCCCAUCAAGUCGCAGCACGCUUCGAACAUCCUCUGGGCGUUGGCUUCCGUUCUUUUCCAGGAUGCGCCCUUCUUCCAUGCCAUCGGGUCAAGUGUGAAGAAGUCCAUCUCGACAUUUGCUCCGCAGGACCUGUCUUGCAGCAUAUGGGCACUUGCCACCGUGGUGUAUUCUGACAGAGACCUAACGGAUCUAAUCGCGUCGGCAGCUCAAAAGCAGAUGGACUUCUUCGAUCCCCAGAGUCUCGGGCAGAGCGCUUGGGGAGCCGCGUAUCUGAAGACCUCCGUCCGCUCCCUCUACGCCGCUCUCGAAAGCAGUAUUGACAAGGACCACUGCCUCAUGACCUACAAUGACAAGGUCAUAGCUAUGCUUGUUCGGGCCUUCUUAACGGCAGGGGAGGUGAGCUGCGCUUGGAAGCUUUUUGACAACAUGCGUCGCUUGGGUUUAGAUCCGGGAAUAACUGCGCUUGGUGCAUGGCUGCAUCACUGCCGGCACCUGCAGCCAUCCAUGGAAAGAGAAAUGCAAGCGAUGGAUGUACUGUCGCGGUUUCAGCCGUGCCGAUACAUCCAACAAGCUAUUCUCAACUCAUGUGCCUUGCGCUUGGCAGAGGCCGGAUGGUGCUCUGAAAGCGAAUCCUUGGUUCAAAGCUUGCUCAGCAUCGAGGCCAACCCUGUCACCAAGGCCAUUAACACCAAGUUGUCACAUGGAGUCUUCGCAAAGACAAAGAGCAUGUUUGGGCAGCUCCAAUUGCCUCACUGGACCAUGCCAGUCAGAGGGAGCGGACACUCUGGCACAGACUAUGACAAGCAAUGCAGGUUGCUGCAACAUGUGCUCUGCACGGCUCGGGAAGGAGAUCCGGUGUCCGUCGUCAACACUAUCGAAAACUUCUCGGUUGAUGGGAAUGGAUGGCUAAAAAUUGCAGGUGGCGGCAAGGGUGUCGUUUUGGAUGAUCUGGUCACGAAAUUGGCUCCUCAGCCCGUGGAGCUUGUACUGGAGUUCGGCUGCUUCGUUGGAUACUCAUGCACGAGGAUGGCCUACCAGCUGGUUCGUGGCAAAGUAGUGUCUAUCGAGGUGGACCCCAUUCACGCAUGCAUUGCAAGAAAUGUGGUUGAGUUUGCAGGUGUUGCAGACCGGGUUUCCAUUUGCAUCGGCUACAGCGAGGAUGUUAUCCCGCAUUUGAAAGAAACAUGUGGUGGUGCGGCCGCGGACGCGGUUUUUUUCGAUCAACGCGGAACGAGGUUCCACACGGAUUUGCAGAUGCUUGAAGCCGCAUCAUUGCUGAAAGACAAGUGUGUCAUUUGUGCUGACAAUGUCUUGAAGCCCGGCGCUCCCCACUUCCUGUGGUAUUUGCAGAACAGCCCGAUGUACGACUUGACUGUUGUUUCGUUACGAGAGUUUGCUGCUGAUCGCAUCGAGGAUUGGAUGGCAAUCGGAAGGUUCAGUCCCGGGCAAGUCUCAAAAUCUGCGACACCUUUUUUCCCUCCCUCCUUGGACUGGGUGGCAUUUCUAACAGACAAGGCAAGGGCAAGGAGUUGCAAUGCCGAUGGGCCCUGCGAAAUUGAUGAGGCAGCCUGGGCACGUCACUCCCAGGCGAUCCGUAAGGCAUACGAGGAUGUGGGAAUCAAUCCUCACAUCGUCUAUGUCCGCUCGAAAGGUGGCUGCGCUUUUGUAGACUGGUAG